AUGUUCGCGUGCGCCAGCCCCGACGAGCCGGAGCCGGGCUUCUGCCUCGGCGAAGUGAAGCCCGUGCCGGAGAAGAAGAAGCCGCGCCGGGGCCGGAGCCGCGAGCGGCCCAAGGCGCGGCGCAAGGAAGCGGCGGCGGACGAGGCGCCGCCGCGCAUCGACGUGAAGAUCGACGCGGCGGUCCCGCCGGCGGCGGUCGACGGCGACGAUCCGAAGCGGUCGCUCGGCAGGAAGAACGUGUCCGAGCGGGUGCUGCGCGUCGGCGCCGCCGUCAAGGAGAAGCUCGUCCACCUCGCGGAGAACCUCGAGGCGGCGCCGAAGCACGUCGCGCUGAGCGCCUCGGAGCUCAUCGAGGAGGGCGGCGGCGGCGCGGAGACGUCGCGACCGCUCCUGCGCCUCGACGAGAGCCAGGUGGAAUUUCCCAAGCUCCUCCGGCGCGCGUGCGAGUUCCCCAUCGUCGACCCCCGUCACACGCUCGAGUGGGACGUGCUCAUGCUUGUACUGAUUACCUACGUGAUGACCGUGACGCCCUUCGAGCUCGCCUUCGUGCGCGCGCCGUCGGUCCGCGAGGUCAUCUACCAGCAGCGGCCCAAGUACGUCUGGAUGUUCCUCGUCAACAAGGUCGUCGACGGGUUUUUCGUCAUCGACAUCUUCGUCUCGCUGCACACGGCCUACUUCGACAACGACCGGGGCGCGUGGAUCACGGACAAGCUCGAGAUCGCGAAGCGCUACGCGCAGUCGUGGCUCCUCAUCGACGUUUUGUCCGUCGUGCCCUACGAGUUCGUGCCCCUGGACCGCUCCGCGGGCAUCCUCAAGAUGGUCAAGCUCGUGCGCCUGCUCAAGCUCCUCCGCGUCGCGCGGCAGCCGCGCAUCAUGGCCAAGCUCGCGGUCUACAUCACCAUGUCCGCGGCGCAGCAGAUCGUCUGCAAGUUCUUCGUGGGGCUCGUCGCGCUCGUCCACCUGAGCGCCUGCGCCCUGCGCAUCACGGACCAGCUCGUCAACGACGACUGCCACGUGCAGGACCAUUCGUUCGAGGACCCGGGCGACGAGAAUUGCCCGGACUACGUGCUCCUGCGCCUCGAGCGGACGUCGAUCUGGCGCCAGUACGUCUACAGCCUGAAGUGGGCCCUCCAGACCCUGCUCGGGGACCUGAGCUUCACGGCGAACAUCGCCGAGGAGGUCCUCGCGCUCGUCGUCGCCUUGGUGGGCGUCAUCGUGCUCGCGUUCCUCGUCGGCGACAUGUGCAACGCGCUCACGAACAUGGACCCCGUCGGCAACGACUACCGGCUGACGCUCGACACGCUCAACUCCUACCUCGAGCAGUCGCAGAUGCCCAAGGAGCUCCGCUUCAAGCUCCGCGAGUACAUGGGGUCCACGGAGGGCAUCUUCCGCGAGAACUACAACAAGGGGCUGCUCGCGCGCCUGAGCCCGGGCCUGACGGCCAUCGUCGCGCACCACAACCUCGGCGGCUGCGUGCGGCGGCUGUCCUUCUACAACUACGCGCUCCAGCACGUCUACGGGCUCCGCGUGGGCGAGACGAUCGCCGUCUUCGACGAGCUGGCGGACGGCGCCGAGGACGAGUUCGGGAGCGACGACCACGGCGCGUCGGCGGAGCUCCGGCGCAUGACGACGGCCGAGGCGGAGCGGCGAGCGAAGCGGCGACGGUCGCUCUCCCAGGCCGCGGAGCACGUCAAGGCCCGCGUAUCGAAGCGGCGGCACCGCGCCGCCGUCGAGGCCGGCGCGGGCUUUCUGCGGCGGACGUCGCGGCCGGCGAAAAUCCUCGCCGUCGCCGUCGUCGCGGACCGCGUGGCCAUGGCCGUGCGCUACGAGGACACGGGCGCCGUCGAGCGCGGCGUCGCGCCGGAACGCGUCGACUCGCGGUCGUACGGCAACGCCGCGCUCCACGCGCGCGUGGCCAAGUACAUGUACGAGCGGGACCAGUUCGUCGUCGAGCUCGCGCGCGUCUUCGAGACGCGCCUCUUCAUGCCCCGCGACGUGCUCGUGAGCAAGGACCUGAGCCUCAACGACGUCAUGUUCUCGAUCACGAUGGGCAAGAUCGCCGUCUGGGGGCGCCGCGCCGUGAACCCGAUCCUCGACUUCACGCUCAAGCGCGUCCACGACACCAUCGGCGACGACAUCUGCAUGCUCCUCGUCGGGUCGCGCAAGGCGCGGCGGCGCCACUACGCCGCGCGCGCCGUCUCCGCGGCGCAGGUCUUCGCGCUCGACGGCCGCCGCUUCGCCGCGGCCGUCGAGGGCUUCGACGUCUUCCACAGGGCCAUCCGCAUCUUCGGCUGCUGGCAGUUCGUCCAGUCGGAGAUCCUCGGCGCCGCGCGGGGGUCGCGGCCCCGGCGGCCGGCGCGGCGCGAGGCGCCCGCGGUCGACGGCGCGCUCCUCCGAGAGACGCGCGCGCGCGCCGCGGCCUGCACGCACCGGCUCGUCGACGCCUGCGGCGCCCUCCACGCCGACGCGCCGCCGCCCAAGGCCUGGAUGCCCCUCGUCGAGCCCCUGCGCCUCCUCGACGACGCGUUCCGGGCCAUCGACCGCGGCGACGACUGGGUCGUCCCGGACGCGGCCGCGGCGCCCGCGCCCCGGCGCAACGUCCUCGGCCGCUCGGCCCACGCGCGGAGCCGCGCGGGCGCCGACGACGCCGCCGCGCCGGCCGGCGCCGAGCUCCUGCCCUACGCGGCCCCGCGCGCCGUCGCCGCGGCCUUCGCGCCGACGUGCGGCAACGGGCGCCAGAAUUGCGCGUUCUAA